AGGCUCAGCCGGGCCGGGGCGCGCCGGGCGGGGGCGCGGGGCCGGGCGGCCGCCAUGGGCAACCUGUUCGGCCGCAAGAAGCAGAGCCGGGUGACGGAGCAGGACAAGGCCGUCCUGCAACUGAAGCAGCAGCGGGACAAGCUGAAGCAGUACCAGAGGAGGGUGGCCCAGCAGCUGGAGCGGGAGCGGGCGCUGGCGAGGCAGCUGCUGCGGGACGGCCGGAAGGAGCGGGCCAAGCUGCUGCUGAAGAAGAAGCGGUACCGCGAGCAGCUGCUGGACAAGACCGAGACCCAGAUCAGCAGCCUGGAGACCAUGGUCCAGAGCAUCGAAUUCGCCCAAAUCGAGAUGAAGGUGCUGGAAGGGCUGCAGGUCGGGAACCAGUGUCUGAACAAGAUGCACCAGGUGAUGUCCAUCGAAGAGGUGGAGAGGAUCCUGGAUGAGACGCAGGACGCCGUGGAGUACCAGCGGCAAAUCGACGAGCUGCUGGCGGGCAGCUUCACGCAGGAGGACGAGGACGCCGUCCGGGCAGAGCUGGACGCCAUCACUCAGGAGCAGCUCGAGCUGCCGGAGGUCCCCGCGGAGCCCCUCCCGGAGAAGACGCCAGAAAAAGCCCCCGCCAAGGCCAGGCCCCGGCAGACAGAGCUGGUGGCGGCCUCCUAACCCCCGGGACUCUCCGGGGCCCAGCCCACAGUCUGGGCGCGCGGCAGCCUCGGACGGCUCCCAGGAGGCCGGCAGCGGGCCGGGCUGCCUCCCGCGGCCAGGGCACCCGGGCCUCGCGUCGGGACGACUGCCGGACGCCCUGUGACUCCGAGUCGGGCCACACGCGCACUGCCGUCCUGCUAGUUUCUGGAUUAAACAGAAACGUCGAACCCUGGGCCGAGCCCAGCCUCCGCGGUGCAGGCCGCCCCGGUGCUGUCCACGCUGCCACCCGCCCGUGCAGCUCCUCUGCUUCCUGUACGCUCGCCGCCCCCUCCCCGGCCUGGCCCUGGCACCUGCCCACCGCGCCUCGGGCUCCGUGUGGGUGAGGAGCGGAAACCCCGGGACACAGGCGUCUGAACCUCGCACCUGCCGACAGGACCUCCAGAGGCAGAGGGGACCCUGCGCCCGCAGUGGGGCCCACCCAGCGCCCUCGGGGGCAGCCCGCCCGUCCAGCUCCUGAGCCACAGGACCCGGCUCGGGCACCUUGUGCCCGGGGCGGUUCUGUUGCUGGAUCCGCACCUGGGAGCAGCGCGGGCAGAGGCCACCAGGGACAGAGGGGGGUCCUCUUCCCCGGGCCCAGCCCCGUGGCCCCGUAUUAAACUGGCCUCUGUGGACGUGGCUCCGUGGCGUCGCUCCAGCGGGGGGUUGGCGUGUGGCUCCUGCCCUCAGAGUGACCCUGACCCUGGAGGCACUGUGGACACAGGAAGGCAGCGAGGGGCCCAGCCCUGGGCCCCAGGACACUUUCUGGGCGGCUGCCCUCCCUCAGAGGCCUGGGCUGCCUGUCACGCGCACGGGUGUGCAGGGCCGGUGGCUGGUGGCCAGUGCCGAGGGCCCUGCCCCCACCGUGAGGGGGGCUGCUGGGCGGGAGGCAGGUGCCCAGGGGCGAGUGGGCAGCUCCCUCCGGGGUCAGGAUGCUGAGACCUGGGCCUAUUCUGACUGCCCUUGGCCCUGCUGUGCUGCGGCCACCAGGAGGGCCUCUGCCCCCCUCACAGGGACUUGGUGGGACCUCAGGCUCCUGGGCCGGCUGCUUGCUUGGCCCUGGCCGCCCCAGGGGCGGUCUCAGUGCAAAGCCUGCUUGGGCUGUGAGCUGUCUCUCCAGAGCGGGGGUCUCUGGCUGGGCAGGGUGGGGGCAGCGCCACACAGGCCCUGGCUAGUGUGGUCCAGGCCACAUCGGCCUCCCCGAGCCUGUGGUGGCCCCGCCCACCGCCCCUCGGUGGUGUGGGCGUGACCCUGGGGCCUCACGCUGUCCAGGAAGUGGGCUCCAAGAGUUCACCACCCUGUUCUGUCUCCUGACCCCAGGCCCAGCUCGCCCUGGCCUGCGGCUGCCUGUCCUGUUGUGGGGCAGGACCAUCCCGUGCUGGGCUUGGGGCCCCAGACCAUGGGGGCGCAGCUCGGCAAAGCCCCAUAGCAGAGCUUGGGUUCUGCCGGAAGGGAGUGUGGGUCCGGGAGACACCAGGGAGGGACAGGCCUGGAGCCGCUGCGCGC